ACCAGGGCUUGAACCCAUCUCCCCUGCAUCGGCAGGAGGAUUCUUAACCUCUGCGCCACCAGGGAAGUCCCUAAAUGACUUUCUGAAUGAAGCAUGUGGGUUCCCCCACCAAAAUAAACCCCAAAACUCAGAAUCACGUAUUGGAGCAGAAUCCAGGCUCCAUGAAGGAAAGGUUUGCCUGGUGUUAUGGGGUCAGGACAUUGAUAGUAGCUGACAGCUACUGUUUACUGAGCUCUUAUUACAUCUGGGGCCAAGUGAGGUCACCCUUCUCAGCAGAGGCCCUAGUGACCACACAGGUUGCAGGCCUCCCAUAGAGUCGGCCCAGCCUGUUGAUAAGGCAAAGCUGUGCAUUGCUUGCAGGAUAAGGAAAAACACUCCCAACAGGGCCUUAAUAGGGCCUCAGAGUGGGAGGGACAUUUAGUGGGAUAUUUAGUGAAUUUUUUUUUUUUUUUUUUUUUUUUUUUUGCCGCACAGCACAGCUUGCAGGAUCUUAGUUCCCCAGCCAGGGAUCAAACCCGUGCCCCCUGCGAUGGAAGCAUGGACCCCUAACCCCUGGACCACCAGGGAAUUCCCUUUAGCAGCAUUUUUGAAGUGUGGUUUAAGGUGGGCCUUUUAAUGUGCUGGGGACUGGGCGAGGGUCACGAUAUCCCAGUUUUGCAUCAGUGGGCAUAGUGGGGUAAGCAUCUGGAGGUGAAGAAUUUCAAGAGUUUUUGGGUGGAAACUGUCACGAUGCUUUCUGUUAAAGAAUGCAUGGUUUCUUAAAAGUUCUUGGAGGGAAGUAGAAGUUACUUGUGGAAACAAAAAAAUGUUGCCCACAAUUCCAGUUCUACAAGGAUGAAGUAAUUAGCCCCUGACCUAUAGCAAACCCUGAAAGGAAUUCAGGAUGAAGUACUCUGUAUUUGGGGCACAUGGGGCCCAAGAUAGUUAAGAUACAUGUCUGAGAAAGAAUUUUGAUGACCCCAGAUUCUAUGCACCUUCCCAUGCAUAGCAAAGCACUAAAAUCAUUAACUGGAGAUAUCUGUUUUCUGUGAUUAGCAUUAAUCUUUUAACAAGAUGUAGGCUUGGCUACAUGUAUUCCCCAGUCAAAAAAUUUCAUAUAUCUGCUCCUCCAAUACCUUUUUCGGAGCAGUUUCUCAGAGCUCUCUGAGAGGCUGUAUCCUGGGCCAUAGUCAUCAGUAAGAUACUGAAUAAAACUCAACUCACAGCCCUUACGUUGAGCUUUUAUUUUUUUCCAGAUGACACUUGCAACUUAUAGCUUUCUGGGCCAGUCUCCUGGGAGUAGUAAAGUGAUGCUGAUGAGGGCAGCCACGUCUUUACCCAGCCAUGUCUUGGCAGACAAACCAUGGUCCAAGAAAGGGGGUCAGGAGAGACAGGUGUGUGAACAACAAGGCUCUGGAAGGAGAGAAACCGGGUCAACCAGGCUCUGCCGUUCCUAAUGGUGUCACUAUGGGCAAAGAACUGUGACCUCUCCUAGUCUCGAUUUCAUCUAAGAAGGAGAUAAUAAUGAAACUAACAUGAGACCCAGUGCUUAGUACAAGGACUGAGCCAGAGGAAAGCUCUACAAGACGCAGCUGUCAUUAUUCUCCGUUAGCUUUUCUUGUGUUACCUAAGAGCCCCUGAAAGGUCUACUACUUCCUGCCCCUUCCCCACAGCUGAAUCCUCCCCUCUGUUUCCAGUGCCCCAGGCCCAGUUCCAGACGGAACAAUCUCACACCUGCUCUUGUUGAGCAGUACCUAUUUAACAAGCAUCUGGGGAAUUUCCCAUGACCAUUAUGUCAGAGAUGGGAGCAGACUCUCCCUUUCGCUAACAUUUUCUGUAGCUUCUCUUCUCCCUGGCACCCAGCAAAUCACUGGAUUUGCCUGGACCUGUCGCAUCUGGGAGAGCUUCUCUCAAAUACCAGCAGACAGCGUUUGUCUCUUCCCUGUCUCGGCACCACCACUCCAGGAGGAAAAGCAGACGGGGAGCGUUGGGCAUCGGAGGGCAGGUGCUGUCUGAAGUUACCCAACCAGCGCCAUGAUGAGUGACAUGAGUGACGAGGAGAGCAUUGGGGACGCUGUGUCAGCCCUGGGGAGGCUGACACCAGUGCUUGCCCUGGCGACGCUGAUAGCUGCCUUUGGGUCAUCCUUCCAGUAUGGGUACAACGUGGCCGCUAUUAACUCCCCUGCCGAGCUCAUGAAAGCAUUUUAUAACGAGACCUACUAUGACAGAAUCGGUGAAUACAUAAACGAAUUCUCCUUGACCUUGCUGUGGUCGAUUUCUGUGUCCAUGUUUCCCUUUGGAGGCCUCCUCGGCUCCCUCAUGGUCGGCCCCUUGGUGAAUACAUUAGGCAGAAAAGGAACCUUGCUGUUCAACAACAUCUUUUCCAUCGUGCCUGCGAUCUUAAUGGGAUGCAGUGAAGUUGCCAAGUCAUUUGAGAUGAUAAUUGUGGCCAGACUUUUGGUGGGAAUAUGUGCAGGUCUGUCUUCCAAUGUCGUCCCUAUGUACUUAGGGGAGCUGGCCCCUAAGAACCUGCGGGGGGCCCUGGGGGUGGUGCCCCAGCUCUUCAUCACCGUCGGCAUCCUUGCGGCCCAGAUCUUGGGUCUUCGGAGUCUCCUCGCAAACGAAGAAGGCUGGCCCAUCCUCCUCGGCGUGACCGGGAUCCCCGCGGCACUGCAGCUCCUUCUGUUGCCCUUCUUCCCCGAGAGCCCCAGGUACCUGCUCAUUCAGAAGAAAGAUGACGUGGCUGCCAAAAACGCGCUGAGGGAACUGCGCGGCUGGGACGACGUGGACGCCGAGACACAGGAGAUCUGGGAGGAGGACAGGGCCGAGAAGGCCGCGGGCUUCAUCUCCGUGCUGAAGCUGCUGAGAAUGAGGUCCCUGCGGUGGCAGGUCAUCUCCAUCGUCGUCCUCAUGGGCGGCCAGCAGCUGUCGGGAGUGAACGCGAUCUACUACUACGCAGACCAGAUCUACCUGAGCGCCGGGGUGAGGGCACAGGAUGUCCAGUACGUGACGGCGGGCACAGGCGCGGUCAACGUGCUGAUGACCGUCUGCGCCGUUUUCGUGGUGGAGCUCCUGGGGAGGAGAUUCCUGCUCCUCCUAGGCUUCUCCAUCUGCUUCACCGCCUGCUGCGUGCUGACGGCCGCCCUGGCUCUGCAGGACACAAUAUCCUGGAUGCCCUACGUCAGCAUCGCCUGCGUCAUCUCCUAUGUCAUAGGACAUGCCCUUGGGCCCAGUCCCAUCCCCGCACUGCUCAUCACCGAGAUCUUCCUGCAGUCCUCCCGGCCGGCCGCCUACAUGGUGGGGGGCAGUGUCCACUGGCUCUCCAACUUCACUGUGGGCUUGAUCUUCCCAUUCAUUCAAGUGGGCCUCGGAGCUUACAGCUUUAUCAUUUUUGCCAUGAUAUGUGUUCUCACCACCAUCUACACCUUCCUGGUUGUCCCCGAGACCAAGUCCAAGACCUUCAUAGAAAUCAAUGAGAUCUUCACCAAGAUGAACAAAAUGUCAGAGGUGCACCCAGAAAAGGAGGAGCUAAAGGACUUUCCGCCCUCUACUGCGGGGCAGUAACUCGAGAGGAGGAGCCUGUGAAUCAGGUCUGCGUGGAGAUUCCCUCCUGGGCUAUGAAUCCAGAACUAGGACAAGUCCGGUGUGGAAGGCAGGCCCUGAUGAGACUGUCGUAAGGGCUUCUGUGCAGUUCUUAAAGCCAGGCUGUCUCUUUCCAGGUUGACCCAUCACCAACCCCAAGGCAUGCCGGGCAGCUGUCCCUCAGCCAUGCUGGGUCAGCCAUUGUGUGGCUCCUGGCAACACCGGCUCUUAUAAUGAAAGCCCUUACCAUGGUGUUGAGAUGGAAGGACUCAAACGUGGCCAAAGAAACUAGUUCUUCUCCAAUCCCGUAGUCUUCCGGGGGCCACGGGCCCAUGUUCAGGGUGGAAUCCAUCCUCUUGUCAGAUCCAUCUCCAGAAACACUAGUUUUGAAAAGUAUGAUGUCGUGAGUCAUGAAGUCUAGGAAUCUGGGAAGCAGGUCCCUGUGGAGACUUUAACCAAGUCAGAGAUUAUUGUUCCCAAAUUAUAUUAUUAGAGGACAAUAGAAUUGCCUUUGUAUACUCAAUAAAACAAAUAUGAUCACUUUUC